UUCACGCCUUCGCCGCCUCGUCCCCGGCCGCCCCCGCUCGCUAUAAUUGUCUACCCCAGCCGGCCUGGCCUCACCCCACCACCAGCUCACUCCACAGUCACUUCACUUCCACUAGCUCUCCAACGCACAGAGACAGCUCCUAGCUUAGCCAAGCAAAGCAAACAAGGCUAGUAUACCACGUCAUGGCGCCGGCGUUGGUGAUGGUGGCGUUCGUGGCGGUGGUGGCGGCGGCGGCGUGUGUGGGAGUGGGAGGGGACAUGAACUCGGACCGGAGCGAGUGCGCGGACCAGCUGGUGGGGCUGGCGCCGUGCCUGCAGUACGUGCAGGGCGAGGCGCGGACUCCGGCGCCGGACUGCUGCGGCGGGCUGCGGCAGGUGCUGGGGAAGAGCCCCAAGUGCCUCUGCGUGCUGGUGAAGGACAAGGACGACCCCAACCUGGGCAUCAAGAUCAACGCCUCCCUUGCCCUCGCCCUCCCCUCCGCCUGCGGCGCCACCAAGGCCAACGUCUCCCACUGCCCAGAGCUGCUGCACAUCCCUCCGAACUCGAAAGACGCCGCCAUCUUCAGCCCCGGCGGCGAAAAGGGCACCGCUGCAACUCCAGGCAAGGACAACACGGCGUCGACGACCAACUCCCGCGCCCAGCAAGCCGCCAACGGGGCCAUCGCCACCUCGACAGCCACCGCCGGCGUCGCACUGGCGGCGCUGCUGGCCGGCUACCUUGCUCUGCUCCUACCAGCGGACGUCCUGGCCGCCCCCUUCUAAGUUCGACCAUCUCCGUCCACUCACACCUGCAACGCUGCCGAAAAUCAAGAUCAGGGGAGUCGAUGGAUGUAGUACACGGUCGGCACCGCGUACCGGCGAUUGUAUUUGUAGAAUGUACGUAAUGCCCAGCUGAGGAAGUUUACGAGAACUGCUAAUACUAUGUAACAGGUAGUAGUGGUAGUAGUAUGAUCUGUGGGCGUUGUACACUUGUACUGCAACUUGUGUUUCUGUUGUGUAUGGCAUCAGGCGUGCCUAGGUGACCCUAAUUAGCUUCCUUGUUCGUCUCA